AUGGGUGGUAUAGCACAAAAAGUUCCUAUUCCAGUUGAUUUACCUAAUACUAGAGGACCUUGCUAUGAUUAUCAAUUAUAUUUUGAAAAAAAACCAUUAGAUGCAGAAUCAGAUUUUUAUUUACAGACCAAUCCAAAAUAUCUUGCUAAUAAAACUGGUAUUGAAGUUGAUGGUCAUCGAAGUAUUGAUGCAAUACGAAAAUAUAAAGUACCAAAUGAUCAACAAAAAAUGGAUACAUUGCAACAUAUUAUUUCCACUUAUAAUUUACAAGAUCAUCAAGAAUCUCAAAUAAAAAAUAUUACCGAUAAUGU